GUCGGGUCAAACCCGUUUGAUUAGUGCUCCGUGAACGAACGUCAACCCUCCUCAGGAAGAACAGAUUCCACUGCGCUGAUAAUGUUCACGGCUCGGUGCAUACGUCGCGCGUUACUCCUCGCUGCUGUGGUGCUGACUGCGGGCCGGCUGAUCGUCAUGCCAGCUGCAGCCACUGUUUUGACGUUUCGCCCGCCAGCAGUCCCCGUCCUCGCCAACAAUCCGUACUUUUCCAUGUGGUCGGCAGCAGACUCUCCCGGAAGGUCGUGGCUGACUCACGCAAACGAUGGAAUUCAAGCCAUUGCCGGAUAUGCCAAGGUCGAUGGUGCAAAUUUCCGCUUCAUGGGACAGCCGUAUCAAGGGGGUUCGCAACUGGCGACAAAUCCCAUCUCUGUGCAGGUUUUACCCCUGAGCACGAUCUACACGUACACGCUCGGAGCCGUUCGGAUGCUGUUGACAUAUUCCACCCCAGCACUACUCGACGAUGACGCGCUGAUGUCUGCUCCAGUGACUUAUUGCACAUUUGAGCUGUCGUCGAUGGACGGCGCACCGCACACGGUUGAUUUGUAUAUCGAUCACUCGGCUGAGGUUGUGGUCACCUAUGCGUCGAAUACCUCGGUGACUUGGGACGACUUGUCGACAUCCGCCAGCACAAUUCUUCGUAUGGGCGCAAGUGUACAAUCCGUUUUCAGUUCAACGGACGACCGCAUUAACUGGGGCUACUUUUACUUGUCGGCCCCUAAGGAGGCCGCGCUCGUAGGCACUGUCAAUACCGACACCAAUUCCAGAGAUGCGUUCGUUGACGGCAACCCAGCACCAAUUUUCGAUACGAACAAGCCUCGCUUGGGCAGUGAUAACUGGCCCGUGCCGUCCUUGAGGUGGACUGGCCUGGCUGUGAGUCCCACGGCAAAUGUCACUCGAUUUGUGACUCAUGCCUACGACAAUGUCAACACGAUGAACUUUUUCUCCAAGGUUCUCCCUCCGCUCUGGUCGACAAAGAUUGGCACGAUCCUGACGGUGAUUGCACAGAUGCACACCAACUAUGCCACCUACAUGAGUGCCAUCAACGCCCGCAACACUGCCCUUGUGACUCUGUUCGACAAGCGCGGCUCCAACUCUUACACCACCUUGCUGUCGCUCGUCUAUCGCCAAGUCACUGCAUCGACCGAGCAUGCGAUCGACACGACCACACAACAGCAUUACGUCUUUAUGAAAACGUUCGCCACCAGCUCGACCAAUGGUCCGGUCAACGGGCAGGUCAACGCGGUGACCACCAUGUUCUUUGCCUCUCCGUUCUACUUGCUGCUGAAUCCCUCGCUUGUGCCAAAGAUGCUGCUUCCUGUGCUCAAGUACGCCAACAGCGAGACCUCGUUCCCGUACACGCGUAGCUGGGCUCCUUCGCAUCUUGGCCAGUGGCCGCUCUGCACUACCGCGGUUCCCACAACCUACGACAUGCCAGUCGAGCACACGGCCAACAUGCUGAUCAUGAUCACGGCUGCCGCCCAGCGUGGUGCUCCGCUGACCUAUCUGCAACCGUACUGGCCGCUCCUGACCACCUGGGCAAACUACUUGGUCGCCAGCCUGCCUUUCCCAACGAGCCAGCUCUUUGUGGACUCGUAUGGAACAGCGUCUGCGAACAACGUCAACCUUGCCAUGAAGGGUGCGAUUGGAGUUGGCGCGUACAGUCUGCUGCUCAGCCUGACUGGCAACACCACUGCUGCGGCACAAUACAUGAACUCGGCCACAAGCUUUGCCAGCCAGAUUCUGGCGCAGUCCUUUUCGACGGACCAUUAUCUGCGCGAGAAAGGCGCGGCUUCAACCACCUGGUCUCUCAAGUACAAUCUGCUGUUCGACCGCGUGCUCAAGCUCGGACUGUUUGCGGAUGCCGUCAUGACGACGGAACAGACCUUCUACACGCCCAAAAUGGGCGCGUAUGGUUUGCCGGUUGACAGCACAACCAGCGCCAACGGUCGUGUUGGCGAGCAGGGCUUUGUUGCGGCAACUGGCACAACUGCUCAGUUUACAUCCAUUUUUGACAAGCUCUUCCUCUAUGCCAACACCACCGCGAGUCGUCUACCGCUGGGUGAUUACUAUGUUGUUGGAUCAGGCGCCAAUGUGGACUUCCGAGCAGGCGCCUUUGUCGGUGGCCUCUACGCUCGCGAGCUUCUCGAGGAUGUUCGGGCAGUGGCCUCGACCUCUUCGAUUUCUGCUCGCGCAGCCUCGACUGUGUCUGCUGCAACGGCUUCGUCGGCGUCGCUUGCAUCGUUUUCCUCGGCUUCCAUUGCUUCUGCAUCGUCAGCUUCUCUCGGUUCUGCCAGCUCGGCCUCGAUUGCGUCGGCGUCGAGUGAAUCUGCAUCAAUCGCGACACUGGCUUGGUUGACCUCUGCGGCAUCAGCGGCUUCUGCCAAUGCUGCGGGUGGUGAUGAUGGCAACGCUGCUCCCGCCAUCAUCGGUGCUGUUGUGGGAGCCCUCUGCCUUCUUCUCAUUAUCCUGGUCGUUGUGCUACUCCGCCGCCGCCGUGCCAGGAAGACACGUGAAAUUGUGGCUGAUCGGGAUAGCGCAUGUGAACUUUACCAAAUUCCGACCGAGGUGAAAAAUAUCCUCGCUAGUUCGCACUACGACACACUGGCCAAGCCAAGAGGCAGCGCGGAUCUGCAAAGCGGCAACACGGAAGACGGCGAGGCCAAGCUCGCAACAACCUCCGAGUAUGAGCUGCCGGCACGCGCUACCCAUUACUCGGCCAUCGUGGGCGGCUCUUCUUCAACCAGUGAGGCAACCUACGCGUCGCCUAGUGUGUCCUCGUAUGCUGCGUUGAAUCACGAACCCAGCGCGGGCGGUGAUGAGGGUGCUUAUUCCGUUCUGCAGCAAGACCUAACGAUUGCUCCCAAAGAAGCUGGAUACGCGCGCCCCGAGCGAGAGCGUGCAUCGUCCCAAUCCUCAGGCACGGGCGACAACGAUUAUGCUGCUCUCAGCCACCAGUAACCGGAUUGGUUUGUCCGUGGUCAGACAUGGUGUGUCAUCACAGUUUCUCGUUUCGUCGUGAGGCCAUUGGUUCGCCGUUUCUGUCGAUGCAUCUCGCUUGUGUGCUGUUGCUCGUGCGGGUUUUUUCCUUGAAUUGUCUCAUUUUUUUUUUUUACUUUGUAAUGAACCGCGAGAUCAAUCGUUGC